AUGGCAUCUGCUUAUUCUGCCCUACCGUUCAAACGAAGAGUGUUGAUUGUUUGCAUUGCAACUUUGGCUGGAUGCUUGGGACCAAUUGCCGGGAACAUUUACGUGCCAAUUUUACCUGAGUUGGAGGAGGUUUUCAAUGUAUCGAGUACUACCAUUGAUGGAACAGUUUCCGUUUUUAUGGCAUUAUUUGCGUUUUGCCCGUUGAUCUGGGCAUCAUGGGCCGACUACGGAGGGAGAAAGAUGCUUUAUUUGUUGCCUUUAUCCUUUUUCAUUUUAGCGAACAUUUUACUAGCCACCGUUCCUGCGAAUAUUGUAGCACUUUACAUUUUGCGGAUAGUCCAAGCGUUUGGAGCGAGCAGUGUCAUGUCUGUUGGUGCCGGGAUAGUAUCGGAUAUUUUUGAGCCAAAGAAUAGAGCAAAGGCAAUUUCGAUAUUUAUGUGGGGCCCACAAUUGGGCCCAGUAUUGGGGCCAUUAUUGUCAUUAAUAGCAACAACCAAUUGGAGGUGGAUUUUUGGAUUUUUGGCUCUUUUCGGGUUUGUGGUGUACUUGAUAAUAUUGUUUUUUUUACCAGAAACGUUGAGGUUUUUAGUAGGAGAUGGCAGUUGCUUGGGCCAGGGUUACUUUGUGAAGCCAAAAUUGCAAGAGAAAGUUGUUGAAGGGUAUCCGCGUCCACCGAAACCAAGUUUGAAAAAUUAUUGGAAUUUACUCAAAUAUAAGCCAGUUUUGCUUUGUUCGAUUAAUUCAGGACUAUUAUUUGCAACGUUUUAUGGAGUCAUGAUUACAUUUUCACGCGUAUUGCUGGAACAAUACAAUUUCACUCCAAUUGAAACAAGCUUGAGUUAUUUGUGUCCAGGCAGCGCUUUGAUUAUUGGAUCUAGCAUAGGCGGUUGGCUUUCAGAUAAGCUCAUGAGAAGAGAGGAUUAUAUUCCGGAACAUAGGUUUUCCAUACAAAUUGCAGGGUUGUUGAUUUCCAUGGCUGGAGUGAUUGGUUAUGCAUGGACAGUUGAGAAGCAUGCUCCAGUUUAUGCGGUGUUUAUAUUUGCGUUUUUAUCAGGGUUUGGAAUGACAUGGGUCUUUGUCGCUACAACAACCUAUUUAACUGAAUGCAGCCCAGCUCAGCCAAGUGCCAAUGUCGCCAUAGGAAACUUGAUGAGAAACGUAGCUGCGGCAAUUUGUACUGCAAUUGUUGAUGUUUUAAUACGGAAGAUGGGGUUUGGAUGGUGUAUGACGGGAUUGGGGUUACUUGACGUGGUGGGUAUAAUAAUUGUCGUUGUAUUGUUGAAAUGGGGUCCAAAGUGGAGAAAAAGUAGGGAACAAGUAAAGAGUCAGGUGUAA